AUGCUGUUUGAGAAGCAGCAACUGGCGCAGGCACUGCAGUUGCGUUACCACUGCUCCGAGGCCUGCGCCACCUCCACUGUAAACACUUACUACCCUGACGAAGAAAAGUGCCGGGCAACAAUUUCGGGGAAAAUGACAGCGCCGUUCGUGUUGAUCGUUGGGAUGGUGCCGAAGCAGCAUGAGUACAUUGAAAACCUGAGCAGAGACCUCGCCACUGCCUUUCAGAACUUUCCGUACCUCAACGGUACGGCGAAGCCACAGGACGAAGAGCAGCAGGAUGGGUACAUCAACGCGGUUGCCAGUGGCAAGAGCGGCAAAAAUGGUACGACGUCGCCGUUGGCUCCUAUCGACUGGGCCGAGGUGCGGGCUCGCCUCUUUUCCCACGAGAAGGCUCCACUGUGGUACAUGUACACAGAACUGGUGUUUCCUGGCGACACCCACGAUCUGCGCAUCUACGAGAACGCCUACCAGAACCUUAUUGUCAAGGAAGGCUUCUCGCACGUGCUUGGCUGCUAUGCUUCCGGAGAUGGUAUGGUGCCAGCGCUCGACUACGUCAACGCCCGGCUUUGCGGCGAGCCUGUCCAGUCUCUUGCCCGGCGCAUGAACUUUGGCGAGGACAUCGUCGAGGCACUCGAUUCUGUGGAGGCGGAGGUGCCCACCUGUGUCUACACACGUGUGAACGUGUUUGGCAAUAACCCCGCAACAUCUUGCUCCUCUCGGCAGGAUAAGGGCCACGCGCAGCAGGUCCUCAAGGAGGCGGGGCUUCCCUACAUUCGCUACUGCGUGACGACGCGCGUGGAUGAGGCAGUGGCAAAGGUGAAGGAUGGCACAUUGCUGCUUCCAGUGGUGGUGAAGCCGAACUCCGGUGCUGGGUCAGAGUUUGUGGCCCUGUGCUACACCGUGGACGACAUACGCGUCGCCUUUUCAAUGGUAGAGGGUGUGCGCACCUCGCAGGGCACAGACGCGGCACAGCUCGUUGUGGAGGAGUACAUUGAAGGCCCCGAGUAUGUUGUGAACACGGUGAGCUACCAAGGCGUGCACGUCGUCACGGAUGUGUGGGAGAGCUGGAAGUACCCGGAGCCGGUCGUCACCACUGGCUUGACGCGCAGCGCCGAGGAGGCCCUGCGCGCUGCCGGCAUCGAACGCCAGAAGCAGCACAAGACAUCCAUCUUGUACGACAGACAGACCCUUAUCCCAAAUCUGGCGGACUUGCCAGCGAGCCACAGCGCGCGACGGAUUGUCGAAUACACGCUCAAGUGUCUCGAUGCCCUGGGCCUCGAGAACGGCUGCGGCCACAGCGAGCUGCGCCUUGACACCCGGAAGAUGGCACGCGAAUGGCGGCAGCAGGAUAGACAACGGCUCAGAAGGAAAAGCCCUCUUGGCGCGGCUAAUGACGAGAGCCCGAGUGAAGGCCAACCACUCUUGAUUGAGCUCAACUCUCGCAUGCAAGGCGACAUCCCACGCAGCAACGAGGUAAUUGGCUACGACCAGUACUCGCUGCUCGUCUACAUCUCAGAGGCUGUGAAUGUGUUUGGUGCGGCCACGGCCGUCUCCACCGCGUGGCCCUUCCGCGUUGACUCGUCGUCGCGGUCGCCGCGGGUGGGUGAGAUUCCGUGGCCGCCGGUGCCGCGUCUGUACCGCGCUCGACACUCCGCCGGCUCACCCAUGACGACGACCGUGCUAUUCCUGGCGACGAAGGAGGAGUGCAUCCUCAAUGGCGUCGCUCUGCAGAGCCUCACUGAGCUCCGCACCUUCCAGCGCUUUACCCGAACGAUCUUCAAACCAAAUCAGCCCGGGUUUGUCACGCCCCUGCGCCGCACUAUCGACCUCUUCUCCAGCCCGACGUCGUGUGUCAUGCAGGGGAGCACUGCAGACGUGGAGGCGGACUGCGCCACCAUACGGUCCAUGGAGUCCGCAACGCUCUCUUCGUCGACGAGGGCGGCGCUCUUCAAGCUCGCCUCCUCUAUCCACGAAACAGAGCGACUGCGCGAGAGCAUUCGCACUCUCGAUGAGCGACUGGGCGCCGUGACGGUGGCGUAUCGCGACGCCGCCGCUCUGGCGGGGCUCUCGGCCGGUAGAACCACCGAGGACGGAAAAGUGAACGACAAAUAUAAAGGCAAGGGAAACGGUGACCACUCCUGUCAGUCUGAAUUAGAGGCGCUUCAAUGCAGCCUCUCCGCCCUUCAGUCGGAGCUGACUUGUGCAAAGAAUAACGUCUCCGUCUACGAGAGACGUGUGCAACACCAGCGAACCGACUUUGCCAAUGCGCUGGCAAGCCAGCAGCCAGCCCCGCUGUACAUUAGCUACCAGGACUUUUCGAUAAUGAAGGCGACGGGUGUAGGGAAUAAGUUGGCUGUCACGUAA